AUGUGCGACGUACCCUUCUUCCCCAUCUUUCCCAUCUGUUUCCAGUGCGGCACGGACCAGAAUCCGUGUCAUUGCAAGGUCGUCGGGCCGACUCUAGGAAAUCGCUCAAUGCUUACGGCAUUCGUGGAUAGGAUUCUGUUCUACCAUCAUCGCGGCAGUGGUUUGUUGGCCAGCUUCGAUCUUUUGUGGCUGUGGCUGUACCAAGACUGGACGAGAGUAUGUCCUUGUGCCUUGUUCCUAGUUGGUGGUGUGGGCUAA